UUCUCAACUACCUGUUCCUUCGUUCAAUCAGGUAUUCAAGAUGCGUUCUACCACCUUCGCUCUGGCCGCCAUUGCUGGCUUGGCCGCCGCUUCUCCCAUGCCCCAGGACCUUGACUUUGCUCUUCUGGACGCCGCUCCCGAGGUCGCCACUGGUCCUACUGACAUCGCUGUUGUCGACGAGGCCAGCAUCAUCUCCACUGUUGUUGCCUCCACCGUCGCUACUCCCAGCUCCACUGCCACCAGCGCUGCUGGCAAGCGUGACCUCGAGAAGCGUACCUUCGGCCUUUUCUCUCCUUUCUUCUUCUACAAGGGUCUUGAGUGUGAGAUCUUCCACAACUGCGGCAGCAAGGGCAGCUCCCAGGGCGGCUGGGGUUGCGGUAAGCCCACUGAGACCAAGGCCACCUGGUCCUUGAUCACCACCUCUGCUCCUCCUACCAGCAUUCCCGCCUACUCCUACACCACCGACUCAGCUGCUGUCACCACCUCCGCCGCUGUCUCGACCUCUAGCUCGGUCCCUACCACCACCCAGGCUCCCAGCACCACCGCUGAUGCCAACGCCCCUUGCCCUACUACUCCUGAGGAUGGCACUUACUGCGGUUUCAUCAACCCCGAGGAUGCUUGCGCUCCUCAGCCCGGUGGUUACGGUCCUCAGGUCCAGCCCGACACUGUUGACGCCUUCUACUCUUACGCUCCCUUCCACUCUAUGGCAUCUGCUGCCCCUACCGUUGUCCCCAGCUCGGACAAGACCCAAUACACUCAGGUCUUCAAGGAUCUUGACGCUUCCGUCUCCGCCAACUCUUACAUUGGUCUCUACACCUUGACUUCCUACUCUGCUCAGGAGUGUGCUGCCAAAUGUGACGACACCGAUCUCUGCACCUCGUUCAACCUGUACAUCGAGCGUGAUCCCAGCCUUGCCCCUGCCAACAACGAUAACACCACCUACACUCCUUGGGAGACUUACUGCCCUAACCCUUCUUCUAUCACCAACUACAAGUGCACCUUGUGGGGAUCUUCUCUUUCUGUUGACGUUGCCACCAACAAGGGCGAUUUCCGUGAAGAAUUUUCCGUGGUAGUGACCGGAAGCAACGCUUACGACAAGACUAAUGUCACGACACCCACUUGCGAGGUUCCCUCUGCUCCUGCCACCACUUCGGUCAUCGUUCCCACCAAGUCUGCCGUCGCUCCUCCUCCCUGCAAGCAGCCUACCCUCAAGCCCGCCAAGAACUGCGGUCCCAAGGCCAUCUCCGCCCCUAAGCACCACAUGGGCAGCACCUUCAUCCCUGGUCCUUUCCAAGCUAGCCAUUGUUCGUCGUAUGCAGCAUCUCAGAACGUAAUCAACAAGAACGCCGCCAUCAAGGCUGGACAGCGCAGCUUCACUCCCUGCAGAAUGUUCAACGCCUACUACUUGCACAAGGACAACAAGCCCUACGGUACCUACUGCUCGCUCUACGGUGCUGCUCUCGACAACUCCUGGGCCACUUUCGGUGGCAGCGGUCACUACCAGACCCACCAGUCCUGGACCUGGGAGCUCGACUUCGAGACCAAGUACUACAGCUGGUAAAUCAUUCGCAGCAUUUCUCAGAACAUGGAAAGCUUGAUUGAUUGAAGAUGAGAGUGUUUGGAGACCGAAGAGUGUUUUUGAUUGUCACUACCUAAUUUCACGACUUUUGUAAAAGUAUCAGAUUUAUGAACUAUAUCUUUUC